UUUCAGCCCUGCCUCGGUUGCUUCCCUUCCCCUGUGCCGCCAUUAAAGCCCUUCAGCUUGGUGUUUGGAAAUCGGGGAAAAGGAUCAAAAUGAUUUAAAGCGUCGAAACCGACGGCCGAGGGACGGGACUAAUGGGGGGGUUCUCGCUCCGUGGUAUGUAUGGACCUUCAACUGCCAACUAAACGGCGCCCCACAGAAGUAAAUAUGCGGCUAGUGUCGUCCAAGUGAGAGAAGCCCGAGUUCGGAUUGGAGUGGGUUUCUCCGAUCCGGGGGGAAGCUCCGUUUGUUUUGGCCGCAACGGGGGACCGGGGAGUGUAAACACAGCAAAGCAAAGUGUACUGCUUGCUGUGUGAUCUCCUUGAGAGUGGAUCUGCCGAGCUGAGAGUCCCUCUGAACGGCAGGAAGCCUCCCUUAGCGGCGGUGCGACGAUGACCGAGCUGGUUGCCAAGUGGGCCUGUGAAUACUGCACAUACGAGAACUGGCCGUCAGCCAUCAAGUGCACCAUGUGCCGCGCUCAGAGGCCCAGCGGGGGUGCCAUCAUUACUGAGGAGCCCUUCAAGAGCAGCCCUGCCCUGGAUGCCAGUCUGCAUCAGUGGGACCCUGCAGGCCUUAGCAACAGCCCAUCUCAGGGUGGAUCUAGCUUACUCAUUUGUCCAGACUCCAGCGCCCGACCCCGUGUUCGCAUUGCUGACGUACCUGAGACUAGUAGCAAGUGGUCAUGCCACAUGUGCACCUACCUGAACUGGCCUCGGGCUAUCCGUUGCACCCAGUGCCUGUGUCAGAGGCAACAGGCUCAACAACAACAACAACAACAACAGCAUGGACAGCAUGCAACCCAUCAAGGACAUCAUACCCAGCAGCCACGCAGCCCCACGGAAUCACCCCAGACCUCAGGCUCUGGAUGCCGCCCUGCUCCCCCAGCCACCACUACAGACCCUUGUGAGGAAUAUAAUGACCGUAACAGGCUCAACACUCAUGCACAGCACUGGACCUGCACUGCAUGCACUUACGAGAACUGGGCCAAGGCACUCAAGUGUGUGGUGUGUGAUCAUCCCAGGCCCAACAGUCUGCUAGCUGAACCUAUCGAACUGGCAUCAGAGCCUGAGAGCCAACAGCCAUCCUUAAAACUCAAUGAACAGGACAGGGACAACAGGAGGGGUGUCGUUGGGCACGUGGUUGGACAAGGAGUUGGAGGUGUGGUAGGUGGUGUGGGUGGUUGUAGCAGCAGCCAGAGAAGGUCACCCCCAACCUCAAAAAGGGAGUCAGAGGUCAACAUGGACUUUCAGAGGAUUGAAGUGGCAUCAGGGGCUGGGGUUGGGAGCAAAGAGGAUCUCGAGGUGGAUUUCAAAAAACUGAAGCAGAUUAAGAACAGGAUGAGAAGGACUGAUUGGCUGUUCCUCAAUGCAUGUGUUGGUGUUGUAGAAGGUGACCUGGCAGCUGUGGAGGCCUACAAGUCGUCAGGAGGUGACAUCGCACGACAGCUAACGUCAGACGAGGUGCGCCUAUUAAAUCGGCCCUCAGCAUUUGAUGACGGCUUCACGCUGGUUCACCUGGCAAUCCGCUUCCAGAGACAGGACAUGCUGGCAGUGUUACUCACUGAGGUCUCCCAACAGGCGGCCAAGUGUAUCCCAGCCAUGGUGUGUCCUGAGCUGACAGAGCAGAUCCGUCGUGAGGUAGCGGCCUCUCUCCACCAGCGCAAGGGAGACUUCACCUGCUACUUCCUCACUGACCUGGUGACCUUCACCCUGCCUGCAGACAUCGAGGACUUGCCCCCAGCGGUUCAGGAAAAACUCUUUGAUGAGGUGCUGGACCGAGACGUACAAAAAGAACUUGAAGAGGAGUCUCCCAUCAUCAACUGGUCCCUGGAGCUGGGCACCAGGUUGGACAGUCGGCUGUACGCCCUGUGGAACCGCACGGCCGGCGACUGCCUCCUCGACUCCGUGCUGCAGGCUACAUGGGGCAUCUACGACAAGGACUCAGUUCUCCGCAAGACCCUCCACGACAGUCUACACGACUGCUCUCACUGGUUUUACACGCGCUGGAAGGAGUGGGAGUCGUGGUAUUCCCAGAGCUUCGGCCUACACUUUUCCCUCCGAGAGGAACAGUGGCAGGAAGACUGGGCUUUCAUCCUGUCCCUUGCCAGCCAGCCUGGAUCCAGCUUGGAGCAGACCCACAUUUUCGUUCUUGCACACAUACUUCGUAGGCCCAUCAUCGUCUACGGAGUGAAGUAUUACAAAAGUUUCCGUGGCGAAACACUCGGGUACACCCGUUUUCAAGGCGUGUACUUGCCCCUUUUGUGGGAGCAGAGUUUCUGCUGGAAGAGCCCCAUCGCUCUGGGCUACACGCGAGGCCACUUCUCAGCGCUGGUGGCCAUGGAGAACGACGGCUUUGACAAUCGCGGCGCAGGCGCCAACCUCAACACAGACGAUGACGUGACGGUCACGUUCCUGCCGCUGGUCGACAGCGAGAGGAAGCUGCUUCAUAUUCACUUCCUCUCAGCGCAGGAAAUGGGUAAUGAAGAGCAGCAGGAGAAGCUCCUGCGGGAGUGGCUGGACUGCUGCGUGACGGAGGGCGGCGUCCUGGUGGCCCUCCAGAAAAGCUCCCGCCGCCGCAACCACCCGCUCGUCACCCAGAUGGUGGAGAAGUGGCUGGACGGCUACCGGCAGAUCCGUCCCUGCGCCUCUCUGUCCGACGGGGAAGAGGAGGAGGACGACGACGACGAGUGACGAAGCGGCGGGAGGCGGGAGGCGGUCCGCAGGGAGGGGCAGGACUCCUCCCCCUUCCUCUCUCUCUCUCUCUUACAGCUUUUUAUUUCUUUUAUUUGUUUUUACCUUUCCUGACACGGACAAACUGUGAAAGCCCUCAGGAGAGGACAGGGAACCACAAAAGCCCCCCCACCAACUCACCCCUACACCUCCGCUAGAAGACGCCGCCGCCGCUCUUCUGGGACAUACGCUUAAAACACAUUCAAAACUCAGACCAAACCUGAGACUGACAAACUCCACUGCUGCAAAAAAAAAAAACACAGAUUUCGGGGGAGAUAAUAAAGGUUUACGAAUGCAAAUGACCUUUUGAUUUGUUUAGAGUUUCAACUGUAAAGGAAAAAAAAAAAAGAUCUUUAUCCAUAGAUGUACAUGCAUGUGGUUGUUUUAAGAAGAAGAAAAAAAAAAAAAGAUUCUAAGGAAAAAUAUACCAGCAUUGACUCAAAUCAACACUUUCUAUCCGUUCAGUAUGGGCACUGACAAAAAGCACACUUCCAAAUUGAUCUUUUUUGACGUUUUUUCCAGUUGUAUACGAGUUGGCUUGUUUAGCAAUUUGUUUUUGUUUUUUUGAAUGGGCAGGGACAAAGCCAAUAAAUAUCAAAUAUCUUUAGGAGAUUGUGUAAUAAUAAAUGACUUUAAUCCCUUAUUACUAAGCACUGCACAUUUAUUAAAACAUUUCUAUAUAAAUACAGUAUCAUUGCUUGAAUUAAGGUCAUAUAUGAAGCUCUUGAAAAGGGACCUGCUCCCUUUACAAGUGGAAUCUACACUCACUUAAGGUUUAGCACACUAACAUUCAUGUUGGAUCUUUGGUUUACCGUUUUUUUUUUUGCGGACUGAUUGAACUGAGAAGCGCGUGCGUGUGUUUGUGUGCAUGUGUGUUUUAUUUCUUCUCUGAAUUUAUUCUACAUAUUUAUUGUUUGGAAACUUAUUUGAGCUAAUAAGAGCUUUCUGUAUAUUUUAUUAUUUUUUCUCCUUUUUGUGUUUUUUUGUUGUUGUUGUUAAUUAUUUCUCUCAAUCUCGAUGAAGACAUGUUGCACAGAAACACUGUUGCUGUGAGGAAAGAACCAAUCAUGACCAUCAGUGGAAAGUUUACUUGCGUUUGUUGCGUGCGAUUUAGUACCUCAUCUGGAUGCCUAAAAAAAAAAAAAAAUCUGGUGCUUUUUUUCCGGGCAGGCGGGGAGGCGAGUGUUGGGGAGUGAGACGCAUUCAAUGUCCACGUUUGUCAUUACUUUGUCUAAUCGCCGUCCCCUCCAUUUUGUUCCUUAUAGCAUUCGUCGUCAAGGCCGCCGCUCCUCAUGGUACACCUCCUCUGUAAAGUUUGUCGUCAUUAUGUGAACCCAUCUUUUUCGAUUAAGGUUGUUGUAAGAGAUUGCAACAUACAAAACCAAAGCUGACAGAAAAAAAAAAAAAGAAGAAAAAAAGUUGUCGUUCCUUUUUUUUUUUUUUUUUUUGCUGUGAAUGUUUGCAUUUUGUUUUUUCUCGCCAUUGCGUACUGUAACCUCUUCCGUGUUUCAUUCACCUUUUGAGCAUCACCUGUAUGUUGCUUUGUAUUUAUGCAAUAGUUGCAGUUGUGACUAUGAUGGUUUGUGGAUUUAGGCCUGACUUCACUAAACAGAGUGUAACGCAAAGAACAGGCAAAAUAAGGAAAAAAAAGAAUAAAAUAAAGGAAAACCUUUUUGAAUGUCAAACUAAA